AUGGAUGAGCCCCGGCGAAGCGCGAUCUACAGCAUCCAGCUCGGAGCCGAUGGAAAACCGAUGACGGGAGGGGCCGACGACCAGCGCAAGAAGGAGCCCGAUGUGUUCCCACCGCCGCCGCCGCCAAAGUCUAGCUCCAAGGCCGCGGAGAGCGCAAAGAAGAACAAGCAGAGUCACAAGAAGAAGCAAAGCGCCGCGCACAAGGUGGUGCAAUUC